AUGUCUCAGUCUGUAGAGCAGUCCGACGGUAGAUUGUACUGUGCCGAAAACGCCAGCGAAGUGGUCCAAUUCGAUGCCGAUAACCUGAUCUCCGAUUUCACAUCACCAUCGCAACCGGAAGACUCCGUUAUCAAUCAACUCAUCGAUUCGGAGCCCCAUCACAUGCCCCACCCGGACUAUCUCCGUCUCUGUCAAGACCACUCCGUCGACCUCACUGCACGCCAAGACUCCAUCAACUGGAUCCUCAAGGUUCAUGCACACUAUCACUUCAGACCAGUAACGGCGUUUCUGUCUGUGAAUUACUUCGACCGUUUUCUCUCUGUUCACUCUCUUUCGGCAAUGACAUUUAUGUCCAAGUCCUAA